AUGAAAGAGUAUUACGGUUGGUUUGUAGCGGAAGCCUUUAUGCCCUACACAAAUGCUCACAUUCUUCGCGAAUUCCACGGAAGCGACGAAAGAGCUACGGACGAGCAGAUGAAAUUCUGCCUCGGUUUCACGGGAGUCACGGGUUACGCCCUCGACGCUAACUACUUGAAGAGCACCACGGACAAAAAGGUCCUGGAACAGGCGACACAAGCUGGAGCAAGACUCAAGGACGCCUUCCAUGAGACGCUCAGGCGAAACAAUUGGUUCCAGGAAAGCCUCGUCACUUUGCCAGAGAUGGACCGCGCCGGGAUAUUACUCGGCAUGCUAAGCAAGUCCGAGGAAAAGAAGUGGCUGCCUGACAUGACCGAUGAUGCGAUAAGAAACUUGGCAACAUUGUCGUCACUAUCGCUUGCCUCGGGCAUGACAGAGAAAUCACCUUCUUCAUCCUCUGAAAAAUACCAGCCCGAGAAUGGUUCUGUCGUCCCAGAAGAAGUUGCCAAUCCGCCGCUGACACUGGCGCCAUACCAUUUUUCGUUUCCUUUCCUUAUGGUGGACGCACCCGUAUCCGCCAUCUACGCUGGAGUCGGCCCUGUACUGGCGCGGCUCCUCUUCAAGCACAUCUUUGCCGCCCAGAAGAGAUGGAAAAGCACGACGCUGGAAAAACUGCACGAACGAAUGGGUUGCGUCUACACGGCCGACGAGGCGACCGUUUUGGACCGAGCCACGAGGGACGACGUUGUUGUGGUGACGGCGGCCACUAGCACCUUGUGGAAUGCGUUCCUGUCUGCCGCUUCGCCUACAGCGUCAAAUGUCUCGUCUCCAGCGACUGAACUGGAUUCGCAGUUGCCGAAGCUUUCGGAGCGGCAGCUCUUUUUCUUGCUUUUGUGCCACAGCACGUGCGGGGACCCAGCUGGACCAAUGCGGUGCAAUGUGCCACUUAGGAACAGCGAAGUGUUUGUGCAGACUUUCUCGUGCCAGCCGGGAACACCCAUGCACGCCCCACACAUGUGUCCUGUAUUCCGUUAA